GUCCGUGCAAUUAGUGGCAGCGCUCUCAAUAGGCACGCCUCAAAAAGCCCUCCAUCUCCAGCAUGCAUCACUGCUAUUCCAGCUCCACUGCGCGGCGAACGGGUAACGAAGCUUGCCUCCUUUUGAUCGCUGCGGCACGCAUACUUCGCGCGCAGACAGAAACCGCCGACUGGCAGAGCGUCGCGCGUGGCGCCGGAGAGCGUCUGCCCCUCACGCCGCCGGCGCGUCGUGAUGGUGCGCCGCGCCCUCCUCCUCCUCACACUAGCGCGCGCGCGCGUCCUGGAGUUGGACGCGGAGGAGCUCGAGCCGUUGCGACGGACGAGCCAGCUGCCGGCGGCGGGCGCCUCCGACCUCAUCGAGGUCUUCACGUUACGGACGAAGAUAGAUGUACCAUCUUUAUUCGAGGAGGCCGUCAGGUUGGAGCACUACGCGUUAGCCUUCCGCAACCAGGGCGUCAGCUGGAAGGAGGCCUCGGAGGGCGAAGGCGUCGUGGCCGUGCACUAUUUACCAAUGAACGCCUCAGCUCUACUGGGCUUUCCGGAUAGAAACGGUACAUUCCCAGACGCUUCCGCGGACGUUUAUGUGGACGCAAAAAAAUUCGACCCCGAGUACUGGCGCGACGCGGACUACGUCGGGACGAUCGGCGGUGCCGCGUUCGCGGGUUUGGCGCGGGAGCUCCCGUCCUAUGCCACUUUGAAUCCAUUGUAUAAAGCGGUGGAUCCCGGCGCGGUGGAUGGUGGCGCUUUCGUCUUGUGGUGCUUGGAGACGCUGGCGGCGCAUGGUGCUACACUGACACCACUAGCUAGGUUGGAGCGGCGCGUGCCUACCUUGUAUGUGAAAAAUGAGGAGGCUCCAGGUGACGCGCGCGCCUUCGCUCGUGAUUUAUCUCGCUGUGUCGCGGACCAACAACCGGAGAGCUACGACCUGUCGUCAUUAGCGGCGACGUACGUUGACAACAGCGCGCCUUUACCUAGAUGUCUGCGGAACAAAGCCGUCCCGCUCGCCGGUGGGUCGUGGGUCGCCCUCGAGGCGCCCUACUACGCUUACGUCGAGUCGUACCCGCGCGCGCCGGCGCCCGGCACGGGCGCGAACACGGAAAAGGGCUUCUCCGUCUCAGACCUGGCGCUUGUGAUAGCUCUGAUCGGCGUCGUCUUGGUCGGCCUCGGGCGCAUCUUUGUGGUGAAGGGCUGCUGCGUCUGCGAGGAGGCGCGGCCCAUGUUCGCGUCGUCGACGCGGCGGCGCGCGUCGCGGUCCGGCGACGAGUACGGCGAGCUGAUGACGGCCGAGACGGAGCUGCCCGUUCGUCGGUCCGUGUCGCCGCGGCCGGAUGACGAGGACGCGAAGGAGGCCUCUGCGGUGGUGUAAGAUGUG